AAGGCAGACGGUGCAGAUGCCAAGGCAGACGGUGCAGAUCCAAGGCAGACGGUGCAGAUGCCAAGGCAGACGAUGCAGAUGCCAAGGCAGACGAUGCAGAUACCAAGGCAGACGAUGCAGAUACCAAGGCAGACGAUGCAGAUCCAAGGCAGACGAUGCAGAUACCAAGGCAGACGGUGACGAGGUCGCGGAGCGAUCGCCUUCGCCUCACACAUUUCUGCUUGAGAUGGACGAAAAGCUGAAGAUGGCAGGAUUGUUGGGGUUUGCCGAGGAAGAGGUCCCGGAGUCGGUCCGAGGGGCGUACUUUUAUGCAUGCGGCCGUGCAUUUCGCACCGCGGCGGAGCGAGAUUUACUGCAGCUACAUGUGAACACCCUGGCACGCGUUUGGCGCGGUUCGAGCAUGAAGGUUGGGGAGAUGCGCUUGGCGCUGAGGGACGCGCUCCCGACCGCGGUGCGGGACGACGCCUUUAUCGAAGCGCUCUUACGGCACCACCGGCUGCGAAGCAUGCUGCUGACGGUCCUUCAGCUGCAGGAGGCAGCGGUGAAGACAGUGGUGCGUGAGAAGCUGCCGGAGCGCCUUCAACCUCAGUUUGCCGUGAAGCGUGGGAAUAAGUCGUUCAUGGGAACCUGCAGCGAGUGCAGGCGGGAAGAAGUUACUGUGUGGCCAACCAAUAUGCGCACCAGGGACUCAGGCAUGUACUGCAACGCCUGCUGGGAAGUGUACGAGAAGGGUUAA